AUAAGGGAAACGGUCGCAUCAUUGCUGAAACAAAGCGAAGUUUUACUGUGUUUCAACCACUGAGCCCAAUUUUCUAGUGGGAUAACUUGCUGAUUAGAAGUUUUUCAUUGUGUUUCAACCGAAUCAGACCAAUUAUCUAGAGGAAAAACUGAUUCAGUCCACAAUGGGCUGCAUCCAAUCUAGAGAGGCAGCCUCCAUUGUGGAGAUUCGUCGAAAAAGAAAAUCAGUUAGAGAGAGAAUAUCCGGGUUCAUAUCCAAGAGAAGACGCAGGGUGAGGGAGAAUAGUGAACGGGCACUCGUGGAACCACCGCCACCACCAGCAUCUGCCAUUCCACCGCCACCCCCACCAUCUGCCAUUCCCCCCGAAUGUGACACUGAUUCCCUGGGAGAGGAGGUAGAUGAGCUCACAUUUGUGGUGAGGACCCGGGACGAUGACGAGUAUAGCUAUUCGCUCCGCUGCGAGGAGACACCGGUCCCAAUGGACAGCUAUUCAGACGUGUCAGUCACAGAGAUGAUUGACAUGAUGGACCGGUCCAGAUCCAGAGCCCAGAAACAGCCAAGCUUGACCAGUGUCAGCGAUGACGUCAGCGAUGUUGAGUCGGACCAUACUCUGCAGUCAGUCUCGGUAAACUCUGGCUUUUCUACCGCAACUUGGACAGCGAGGGGAAACGUGCCGUCGGUCAACAGCAGCUUCGAGGAUGGCUCCAUAUGCAGGCCCCACAUUGCCACGCCAGUUCCCCAGUAUGCUGAAUCCAGAGAGGAUUUCCAGAAUAUUUACCACCGUGUUGCUACCCCACACAGGCUGAAGCCCUCAUACGCCGGCAUGAGCAUCGAGAUGAGCUUGCCAGGAAGUGUUCAGGAAGACAUUCCCGAGGAGCCGCCAAAGGCCGAGGCACGUGUGGCCGAAAUAAGAAGCAAGGUAAUCGAGUUGGCUAAGAAGAGCGCAAGCAACUUCUCCGCAACACUGAGCUCCCAGGAGACUGCGAAGAAGCGCAACACAGGCAUCGCCUCUGAGGGCAAUGUGUGCGAUUCCGGAAUGGCAAGCGGCAGUGGCAACCCUUCCACCAGCUAUGCUGACACUCCGAAGGAAGCUCUUGGAGCUGUUGGUGGCAUCUCCUCCCCUAGCCCUCCUCCUCCUCCAAAAAUGUACGGCCGAUCCAAACAGGAUACCGCUAAAGAGAUGGAGAAGGUGCUCCUGGAGGCUGAAAACAAGCCAGCGUACCGCCCUACAUACGUCAUCGACACCCGCGACUUGAACGUCCGCCCAAGCGCGGCCCGAGGGGCUCGCGCUGCCGUCGAGGACGAUCCCAGCACAUCCGGCGCUCUGGCCUACAGCCAACUGCGAACCCGUGUAAAGAAGUUCAACAAAUCUGUUGACAAGCUGAUGGAGACUGACCUCCAGCAGAGUCAGCCAAGCGAGAAGCCCUACAACAUCAGCAAGAGGCCCAAGGCUGCGCGCGGAGUACGAUCCAUCGGGACCAGUGAUAGCAACGAGGCCACAGCUGAGCCUCCCCAGAGAAGCUACACCCUGCGCCCCCAGCUGACCGUGCCCAGGCUUAGACUCCCCGAGCAGGAUGCCCUGGACAAGUUCAUUCAGUACCAGGAGGCAAAAGAGGAGCGAAGAAACCGAGAGAGCGACGGUCGCUGGCGCCCAGAGAGGGACAGAGGGGGAACUCGCCCAGACAGCAUGGAUCAGAGGCACCUCAGCGGGGGAAUGAACCUGAGGCACCAAGACGGGGACAUGCGGCGCCCGGAGAGGGGCGGUGUACCAGGUCGCUCAGAUGUCCCGAGUCAGAGGCACUCACCCGCCACCAUCGCCAUGAGGAUAAAGCGGGUGGAAUAUCUGGCCCGUCCCGCCAGGGUCAAGGAACCGAGGCGUCCUUCCCGAGACAAUGAGGUAAAUCGUCCCUCCAUGGAGUACGAGCAGAAGCGCCUGGACAGGGACCGGGAUAAGAAGCGCCGCGAUCGGGACAGGGGCUACGACUAGGAUAACGACUUGGAUUACGAUUGGAUUACGAUCAGGAUUGAAUCAUCAACAUCAAACACCAACACAACUAAAUUUAGAUUCCAGAGAGCAGUCUCAAAAUAAGAAGUCAUUUUCCGAAAUUCGGUCCAUCAGCCAAGCUACUCAACAAGAAUUGUAUGUCAUCUCAACAACUUUUUAUCCGUACAAAUAGUGUUUUUGAUAGUUAUCUCUAUAUGUAUUUACUUUGGAGCUAUGAUUUUUUUAACGUUUAAUUUUUGAUAUGCCUUUUCUACCCUGAUAUUUAUGGUGAUAUGAUGUUGCAUGUUUGCAAUUCUGUAUUUUUUUUAAAAUGUUUAUAUUUUUAUUGUUCACGAGUACAUUUGCAACCAUUAUUUUUCGGACAUUUUAGAUUUUAUACAGAUAUAUAUUUGUAUAUUAACCUUUAUUGUAAAAGCGUCUCUUUUUGAUAUUCAAAAUUUUUUACAUAAGAAAUUUUCCGUUCUGAUUGUAUUGUCACAGAAGGGGAGGGGUGUGCUUAUGUUUACUAUUUGUUUUAAGUAUUGAAACCAAUCAGCUUUGAUGUCUUGUCAGCGGCUGCUGCAGACAAAGGCGGUUGUAAAAGAUUGUUUCAUUGGAUACGUGUUUAAAUUAUUCAGCGGCUGCUGAAAUGAAUACCCCUCCCCCUUAUUAUGUUCAUGUGUUUUUGUUGUUUGAAGAUUCUUUUUUUGAUAUGGAGUAAGGGUACAGAGGUAUGAACCCGUGUUUCGAUGGGUUUUUUAUGAAAGACAAUUUUGACGUGUUUUGUGAGCGGCUGCUGCAAACACAGGUGUGAAACACGCGGAUUUUUUAAGAAUGGAAAUUUAUUCAGCGGCUGCUGAGAGAAAGUCUUAUUUUCAAGUUUGAGACUUGGUGUACCCUAUUUUUCAAGAAAAUGUUACAUAUGUCUUUUUGUUUAUUAACUUUUAUACCGUACGACACUUUUUCUCAAUGUUGUGGGUUUUUUUUAGAUAUAGAUGUCCCGUGUUUCGUUAGGGUUUUUAUGAAAGACAAGUUUGACGUGUUUUGUGAGCGGCUGCUGCAAACACAGGUGUGAAACAUGGGGACUUUUUUAAGAAUGGAAAUUUAUUCAGCGGCUGCUGAGGGAAUGUAUUGAGAGUUUAAAAAUUCUAAAUUUGUUAUGUGUCGUUAAAAAAAAUCUAAAAAAAAAAAAAAAAAUUUUAAGAUACACAAAAAUCUCCAAAAAAUUAUAAAAUAUAAAAGGUAAUGAAUGAAUGUGGCUUAAAUGAUAAUGUGUGAUUAACGUGAGAAUAUAUGUGAAUUGUUUUUAAAAAAAAAUACCAAAAAAAAUAUACAAGAUAAACAAAAAUUUCCAAUUUUUGUGAAAAUGCCCAAAAAAAGUUGUAAUUUUUUUUGUAUGUGAAGGAGACAAUUUUUAUUUUACUUUUCGUGUGUGUGUUUGUUGUUGUUUUUUUUUUUUAAGUUACCACAGAGGUAUGUACCCGUGUUUCGUUAGGUUUUUUAUACGGAAGGGGAGGGUGUGCGUAUGUUUACUAUUUGUUUAUGUAUUGAAACCAAUCAGCUUUAAUGUCUUGUCAGCGGCUGCUGCAGACAAAGGCGGUUGUAAAAGAUUGUUUCAUUGGAUACGUGUUUUAAUUAUUCAGCGGCUGCUGAAAUGACCACCCUCCCCUCAUUUAAUUAUGUUCAUGUUCAUGUGUUUUUGUUGUUUGAAUAUUUAUUUUUUUGAUAUGGAGUAAGGGUACAGAGGUAUGAACCCGUGUUUCGUUAGGUUUUUUAUGAAAGAAAAGUUUGACGUGUUUUGUGAGCGGCUGCUGCAAACACAGGUGUGAAACACGGGGAUUUUUUAAGAAUGGAAAUUUAUUCAGCGGCUGCUGAGAGAAAGCCUUAUUUUUAAGUUUGAGACUUGGUGUACCCCAUUUUUCAAGAAAAUGUUUGAGGGUUUUUUAAUGAAAGACAAGUUUGUCGUGUUUUGUGAGCGGCUGCUGCAAACACAGGUGUGAAAAAUGGAGAAUUUUUUAAGAGUGAAAAUUUAUUCAGCGGCUGCUGAGGGAAUGUAUUGAGAGUUUAUAAUAUGUGUCGUUAAAAAAAAUCUAAAAAAAAAAAAGAAAAAUUAAGAUACACAAAAAUCUCCAAAAAAUUAUAAAAUAUCAAAGGUAAUGAAUGAAUGUAGCCUAAAUGUUAAUGUGUACGUAAACGUGAGAAGAUAUGUGAAUUGUUUUUUUAAAAAAUACCAAAAAAAUAUACAAGAUAAACAAAAAUUUUCAAUUUUUGUCAAAAUGCAAAAAAAAAAAAAAAAGGAAAACUUUAAUUUUACUUUUCGAGUGUGUGUUUUUGUUGUUGUUGUGUUUUAUUUUUUUUUUUAAGUUAGUACAGAGGUAUGUACCCGUGUUUCGUUUGUUUUUUUUAUGAAAGACAAGUUUGACGUGUUUUGUGAGCGGCUGCUGCAAACACAGGCGUGAAACACCGGUUUUUUUUUUUUCCAUAGAACAGAGAAAUAUUCAGCGGCUGCUGAGAGAAAAGUUUUUGUGUGAAAGUUAAUUUUCAUAAAUGUGUGUUUAGUUUGUUUAUUAUUUUUUCAACUAACGACACUAUUUUAAUUACUAUUUUGCUCUGCUUCAUAUAUAGGUACAGAGAAAAUGCACCCGUGUUUCGUUGAGUUAUUAUAAAUGAUAAGGUUGACGUGUUUUGUGAGCGGCUGCUGCAAACACAGGUGUGAAACACGGGGAUUUUUUUUUUUUUAUAGAAUGUAGAAUUAUUCAGCGGCUGCUGAGAGCAUGUCAUUAGGGCUUGAGAACUGUUGUACCUCAUUUUUCAUGUGUCGUUUAAAAAAAAAAAUACCAAAAAAAUUUUAAGAUAAACAAAAAUCUCCAAAAAAUCUAAAAAAUAUUAAGAGUAUGAAUGUGGCUUAAACUUUGUAAUAAUGAAAGAGUGAAUGUGUUAUGUAAAAAAAAAAGACCAAAUAAAUUUCAAGAUACACAAAAAUCUCCAAAAAAUUUACAAAAUAUUUUAAAAACCUACCAAAAAAUUAAUGUUAAUGGCUUUAAGCCAGAGUUUGAUGAGUAGAGGAUACGUGAGGUGUUAGGCACUAGUAUCAGGGUAAAUAAUGGUGGUGGAGUUGUAAUCUAGAUGUAGAUGUUAGGAGGCCUGUGUUGUUGACUAUUUUAUUGAUGAUGAUGGUGAUGAAGGCUGUUUAAACAGUAAGAUAUUGAUAUUGAUGAUGGUGAUUGAUGAUGAUAUUGGUUGAUAUUGAUGAUUAUAGAUGAUGAUGAAAAUGAUGAUGAUAAUGGUUGAUACUGAUGAUGAUAACAAUAUUGAUGAUAAUAAUGGUGAUGAUGAUGAUGAUGAUGAUGGUAUUUAGCAUGUUUUAUCCAGAGUAGAUUUACCAUCAUUGUGAUAGAUUCUCGUUG